AUGGCGGCUACUGUGGCACAGUCGCAGGCGCCAGCCAACUUGCCCUCGAAUAGCCUUACUUCGCCAGCUGCGCCAGGCUCCCAUGCAGCGCAUGAGGAUCAUUCUUUUCACAAUUGCCAGGCGCAUUCGAAAAUACAGGCCGGACAAGCCGAACCGUUGCCACAAAUCCAUAGGUUUGAGCCCAGCAACUUCAAUGUUGUUCGCACCCUCGGAACAGGCACCUUUGCGCGAGUAUGCCUUGUCCGGCCGUCCAAUGCCCCCAACAUCCCAUUAGAAAGGGACACCACGGGCGCCGCCCAAGUAUACGCCCUCAAGAUCCUGCGCAAAACACAGGUCAUCAAGCUCAAGCAAGUCGACCAUGUUAGACAUGAGCGAGCCAUCUUGGCCGAUGUAGCCGGCCACCCCUUCAUCACCAAUCUCCUCGCCUCAUUUUCAGACCACGACUCGCUAUACAUGCUCCUGGAUUACGUCCCCGGCGGCGAACUAUUCAGCUACCUCCGCAAAUUCAGGCGCUUCGACGAAGCCACGGCGCAAUUUUAUGCCGCCGAGAUUGUCCUCGUCCUGGAAUACCUGCACGAGCAGCAAGGCGGCGUGGCCUACCGAGACCUCAAGCCGGAAAACCUCUUGCUGGACAAGGACGGCCACAUCAAACUCGUAGACUUUGGCUUCGCCAAGCGACUAGGCUACAAGGGCGACCACCCCGUCGAAACAUACACCCUCUGCGGCACGCCCGAAUAUCUAGCCCCCGAAGUCAUCCAUAACAAGGGCCACACCACAGCUGUCGACUGGUGGGCGCUAGGAAUCCUGAUAUACGAAUUCCUAACAGGAUAUCCGCCAUUCUGGCACCAGAACCCAAUUGAAAUAUACAAACAAAUCGUCGAAAAACCAGUCACAUUUCCCCAUGACCCGCCCAUAUCCGACGAAGCCAAAGACAUCAUUUGCUCCUUCUGCACCAUCGACCGCUCCCGGCGCCUGGGCAAUAUCAGCGGCGGCGCCGCCCGCGUCAAGGCUCACCCCUUCUUCCGCAACGUCAACUGGGACGACCUGCUCGGCCGCCGGCAACUAGGGCCGAUCAUCCCGCCGAUACGGUACGCCGGCGACUCGCAGUGCUUCGAUGUAUACCCUGAGGACGACGGCCGGCGAGACCGGUACACCGAGGAAAUGGCGCAGCAGUAUGACGGGUAUUUUGCGGAUUUUUAA